AUCGGAAGUAACUUAUUUGGGCAUUAAAAUUACCAAAGGGGGGCGCACUCCUGAUCCACACAAGGUAGAGAUUAUUCAGCGACUUCCAGUUCCAGUUUCAGUCACAGCUUUAAGAUCAUUUUUGGGGAUAGUCGGAUUUUGUAGGGACUUUAUUGAAGGCUUUGCUGAUAUUGCCAGACCGCUUAACUCCUUACUUUCGGGGAAAAAGAAAAAGUCUGAUGCUUUGGAUUGGGGUCCAGAACAUCAAACGGCAUUUGAAAAAUUGAAAGAUGCGCUAAUUAAAGCUCCUGCAUUGCGUAAUCCAGACAGAUCACAGCCAUUUAUUUUGCAGACCGCAGCCACUGAGGAAGCUCUAUCAGCAGUUCUGUUGCAGGAAGUUCAGGAGAAUCUGCGGCCCAUUGCAUAUGCCUCCCGUGUGCUCUCUCCGGUUGAGAAAGCAUUUGACUCAUGUAACAGGCACCUUUUGGCAGUUCAUUGGGGAAUGUCCCAUUUCGAGUACAUUUACGGCUUUAAUGAAGUGACACUCCAUACUCCCCAUACACCCCUUCAGCUUCUUUUGAAUGGCAAAGUGAAAGGAGUAUCUAAUUCAAGAUUAGCACGAUGGACUUUGGAUCUGGGUUCCAAAAAUUUGAAAACUGUGUACAAAUCUUCAUGCAUGUUACCCCGUACACUUCUCUAUGAAGGUGACCCUCACACUUGUGACACUAAACCUGUCCAGCCUCUGGACAGUGUCUUUGAAGUGUGCGCUAUAGAAGGAGCCAUUGAUGUAUAUGUGGACGGGUCCCGAUAUUGGCAGGAUGGUCAGUAUCAUACUGGCUUUGCGAUUCAUUCGGACAAUGGGGAUUUCCUUUACAGAUGUCCAUCUCAUUUCUCAGCUCAGAAAGCAGAAAUUUCAGCAGUCCUACAGACCUUUUCAGUUUUUCCAGAUUCAGACUUAAACAUCUUUUCAGACUCUGCAUUUGUUGUUAACUCUCUCACUGAGUAUUUACCCAUUUGGCAGAAAAGGGGCUUCACCAGCGCUGAUGGCCAACCUUUAAAACAGGUCGGACCCAUACAGGCUUUGUGGACAGCAGCCAAGUCCUGUACACAUAAGGUUGCUCUAUUAAAGGUGAAAGCCCAUCAGAAGAAAGGAGUAAGCCAACAUGGAGAUGGUAAUUUAGCUGUGGACGAGCUAGCAAAGAAAGCAGCUGUAGCAGGGAGACCAUUCCAUGUUCUGGAACCGGAACCAGAACUAGUUGCUGUGGUAAACGUCAGGGAACCGACAGACCUUAAGGUUGCGCAGCAACGGGAUCCAGUUUUGCGGGAAGCAAUCAAGCAGAAACAGAAUGGGGAGGCAAUUUUGGAGGGCCCAUUGACUCUGUUUGAUGCACAACUCCUGGUCCAUGAUUGCAUGCUGUUGUACACUGGAAAUGACAUUCCAGUAUGGAUCCCACCCACAGAAUUGCGGAAUGAUAUUUUGUAUCAUAUCCACAAUCAGGGGGGGCACUUAGGUAUAGAAAAAACAAAAGACCGAUUAAAAAACAUGUUUUGGUGGCCAGACGUUGACAAAAAUGUGAAAGAUUAUUGCACAAAUUGUUUAACCUGUGCCCAGAUUAAUCCAUCACCAGUGAAAAGGAAAGGGCGACUGAGGCCCACGUGUCUAGCCGAAGGACCGUGGACAAAUUUGCAGAUCGAUUAUGUAGGUCCACUCCCUGCAGCUAGAGGAGGCUACAGGUACAUUCUCAUCAUAAUAGAUACAUUCACUAAAUGGAUAGAGGCGUUCCCAAUUAAGUCCGAUACCGCAUCCGCCACAGCCCGGGUAUUAUGGGAACAAGUCUACUGUAGAUGGGGUCUGCCACUUAGCCUGGAAAGUGACAGAGGCACGCAUUUCACAGGAAAAAUUCAUACAGACUUGGCAAAACUACUUGGGAUAAAGCACCAACUACACAUAGCUCACCAUCCACAGUCUUCAGGCGGGGUUGAACGAACAAACAGAACACUCAAAACCGCAUUGAGAAAAAUGGUAUUGGAAAAUGGCACCAAUUGGGCUCAAAAUCUCCCUAGUAUUUUGAUGUCUGUGCGAGGGGUUGUUCACAAAAGCACAGGAUACAGCCCCCAUGAAUUGAUGACAGGGAGGGGAAUGCGAAUGCCAGAACAUCUGCUACUAGAGGUGCCGAGACCCAUGAUAGAGGGAUGGGCGACUGAAACCUUUCUGAAAAACCUCUGUUCUUCUUUACCUGCUAUGUACCAGCAAGCGGCUCAACAGAUUGGCUCGAUUCAGAAAUACAACAAAAUGUAUUAUGACCAACAUGUCAGUGAGCAAAAAUUUGAGCCGGGAGAUGAGGUAAUGGUAAAGAAUUACCAUCAUGCUGGGCCAUGGUCAGCUAACUGGAAGGGCCCAUACACAGUCAUUGACAAAUGUGGCAAUGUUUAUUCAUUAUCAUUGUUUCACUGUUAUGACCACCCUGUACUGUCUGGCCAAAUGUCCAUUUUUUUUUUCCUUCACCCAUUUUGUUUUUUUUUGUUUUAAAUGCAUCUUUUCCCCCACCUCUCAUUACACUGAUUGUCACACAGCAAGCAUUAUCAUACACCAUUCGCAUCACACCAGGUUUUUCUUAAAGCACACAUAUCUCCUCCCAACAAAUAUCAUUUCAAAACACCCACUUCUUCACACAUGUAUUGGUUUCUUAUGCUUGUUGAAUACUUUCAUGGUCGGGUUUGGUUACCUCUCUCUCUCUCCUGGUUGUAAGUCAGUAAUGGAUUAGAAGUCACAGUGUGGUUGGUCUGUGACUGGGACAAGGCAGCAAAAGCUUUCAUGGGACCUAGGCGUGUGAGGCACAGUAAUAGUCCAAUGGCGAGGGGUGUAUCCCGAGAUGAGGGCAUCACCCAGAGGCCAUCAGCAGUUGAGAGCGACCCGCUGGGAGGGUAUCCGGAGAGGCAUGUGAGUAAAGGAUGCUCUAUGCCAUACCAAGAAACCAUACUGCUGGACUAACCGCAAGAGUAUCCAAAUGAGUGAUGGUCCAUGUUCGCAAAUAAACCAUCAAAGGGGGGAUAUGUAAGAUUUUUAGUUCAACUACAAAUCUUCAAUACAGAGGUUGUGCCAAAACGCAAUACUUGGGCCCACUGAUGAAAGAAAGCCUUAGUUCACAGCUCACAAGACUUCAGUAUCACUGUAAAGACUGACAGUGCCAUAUUGAUACAAUCAGCCAGGAGAGGGAGAAAGGUGAAUGAAACUGACUCGGGAGUGAUUAACAAAGCAGAGUUGCUAAGGCAUUGUGUGACUCUUGACAGAAACUAAUCAUCUCACUCACCAAUCAUCACUGGUACCACUAAUCAAAUCACAACUAACAGCUUAAAAGAAGGCCAAGACAGACAGUCGGGGUGCAUUUUGACUUCGAUGCUCCCAGAGUACAUGCUACGUGUAUUUUCUGUUGCUGCCAUAUUUUGCCAAUAAAGACAGUUUCUACGAAGACCAAGA